UGUAGCCUGCCAAUGUCCACUUUUAUUCUCUCUUUUGAAUUUCUUCUAUCUUCUCUAGUGAAAUCUGACCACCCCUUUUGCCCUGAUAUUCCACCUUCUGCAAUAGCCCAAAAAAGCUAGUCUAGAAGUGAACUCCACAUGGUCGAAGUUGCAAUGUCAAUCUAUUUCCAUUCCCCACUUUGUUUUUUCUUUUCUUUUGGCUCGGACCAAUCUUAUGCCCCGAAACAUCCAUCUCCAUGCAAUAAACAAAAAUGAAUUGUAUUUAAAACAUCCCACUCUGGCAUGUUUUAAACUAAUAAAAGGAAUAUUGUGAAUGCUAAACGUCAGCUUUUUGAAAUUUAUUCCAAAAAGAAUACAUAAUCUUAGUCAUUUCGAAUAAGAAUUUCUUUUUUAAAGUGGGUGCUUAUAUAUGUGGGGAAGAAAGGAAAGAGUGUUGAUAAUUCUCUGAGAAAGAGUGAGUCUUCAUUGAGCAAGCUGGUUCCUGGAGGAACUGCUGCAGCUGAGCCUGUCAUCUUAUCAUAACAACAUUGACAACACUUUUCAUAGUCCUCUCACCAACUGCAAAUUAAGAGCUUCAAGAUCAGCAUAAGAGAGGAUUUCCUCCAAUCUUUCGGCUUUGUCGGCUGUAUUUUUCCUUAUCUUUCACUAGUAGAAGAACAAUGCAAGUUCUGGCAGGGAAACUGGUUUCUUUCACCAUGUGUAUAGGUCUUAUAAUCAUACUUGUUUUGCCAUUUGUCAGUUCAUCUCAAGCACAUGUGAAAUCCAUUGGCAGCCAUACAAACAACAAAGGCAACAAUCAUAAGGUGAGUCAUAAACUGAUGUUUGAGAUUACACUACAUGGAUUCCUCCUUUGGGCAUCAAUGGGGUUUCUGAUGCCUGUUGGGAUACUUGCUAUCAGAAUGUCAAAUAGAGAAGAAUGUGGAAGAAGACUUAAAAUUCUUUUCUAUGUUCAUGCUGUUUCACAGAUACUUUCUGUACUUCUUGCUUCAGCUGGAGCAGUCAUGUCUAUCAAAAACUUCAAUAACUCCUUCAACAAUCAUCAUCAAAGACUAGGGGUAGCUUUAUAUGGUAUCAUAUGGUUACAAGCCUUGACCGGGGUUUUACGUCCAUGGAGGGGAUCCAAGGGAAGAAGUGCAUGGUUUUUUGCACACUGGUUACUAGGAACUGCAGUGUCUAUUUUAGGUGUAAUCAACAUUUACACUGGAUUGGGAGCAUAUCAUGAAAAGACAUCAAGAAGCAUAAAGCUUUGGACCAUAGUUUUGACAGCUGAGAUCUCUUUGAUUGUUUUCAUUUACCUGUUUCAAGACAAAUGGUUGUACAUACAAAAGCAAGGAGUGAUUUUGGGACAAGAACCAAUAAGACCUACAGAACAGGAUAUUUCACCCAGAGAGAAGCAAAAGGAAUCAACAAGUGAGAAUUGUUGAAAACCAUGUUAUCCGUGACUUAAUUACUAACAAUUGAGUUAUUCUUUUCAUCCCUUUUGUUUUUUUGGAUUUUCUUCUUUAGAAGGAUUGGUCUUUAGACCACAACAAGCCUUGUGCACAAAAACUUCUAUUGGUUGGCUUAAUUGAGGGUGUUUUGAU